CCGCUGGGCAAAUAAAAAGGCUGUGCUUGUAUUCUGAUCAGUACAGAAGUAUGUGAGUGAGGGGAAAGUGCUGGAGGCUUAAGAGCAAUUGUAUAUCUUGUCAUUACCUUGGUACCCUAAGCACAGCAGAUUCAUUCAAAAUGCAAGAGCAACAUGUAUUACUUAACGAGGGGGAGGAUAAUGAAAUGGAGCUGUUUGGAUACAGAACAGUCAGGUGGCGACAAACUCUCUGUAUUAUUGGCUAUAUAUUUUCCCUUGGGUUUCUGCGAGUCCUUUUCUAUUGGAAGCCAGAGCUGGAUGUCUGGUGUCAGUGUAUUCCAUGCAGUUUGUCAGAGGCUGAUGUCAUAUUACUUAGAACAACUGAUGAACUCAAGCAAUACUACAAAAAGAAGGUCAAUGAGAUUUACCCUUGUAUCCCUGGCUCAAAAUCAUCCCAUCAGAUUAUUACUGGUGAAAACUCCAUCAUGAGUAGAUCAUUAAUAAAGCCACAAGGCAAGAUCCGGUAUAUAGAAGUGCAAAAAAUCCGUUAUGCUUGGAACACAGUGGAGGGGCAGUUUCAGAAAAACGGCAUUCUGGAGGAGGAGCUCUCAUGCUCAGACAUACAUUCCAAAUUUGGUUCUGGUCUAACCCAAGAAGAACAAGAAUUCAGGCAACAAGUCUGUGGUCUUAACAAAAUUGAAGUGGAAAUUAAGCCACUCUGGGUUUUACUCUUUACAGAUAUCUUCAAUCCAUUUUAUAUCUUCCAAGCUUACUCUUUAUCUGUGUGGGCAACAAGUGGAUAUUUUUACAAUGGUGGAAUCAUUUUAUCCAUGACAAUUUUAUCCAUUUGUGCAACUUUGUAUAAUCUGAGAAAGCAAUCAGUGAAACUACACAAAAUGGCCCUGUCUUACAAUAGCGUAAUGGUUACCGUUCUUCGAAAAAAUGGAGAAGUUAAAGAAGUAGAGUCUCAGUCGCUGGUGCCAGGGGAUGUGAUUAUUAUAACAGGAAGCAAGCUAUUCUUACCUUGUGAUGCCGUAUUAAUCAGUGGAAGUUGCACCAUUAAUGAGGGAAUGUUAACAGGGGAAAGUAUUCCAAUCACAAAGAAUGCAUUGCCUAAUACAGAGGGCACCGUGCCAUGGAAACUCCAGUGUGGAGAAGACUACAAGAGACACGUUCUGUUUUGUGGAACAGAGGUCAUUCAGACAAAGGCACAUGGUCUGGAUCUGGUAAAGGCUGUUGUACUACAAACUGGAUUUAACACAGCAAAAGGAGAUCUGGUGAGAGCCAUUCUGUAUAACAAGCCUGUAAAUGUUAGACUGCAUAAAGAGGCCAUUCGAUUCAUUUUUGUACUUGUGGGAAUUGCCUCGUGUGGAGUUAUAUACACAGCUGUUAUCUACACAAUUAAUGGGGCGAGUGUAAGCCAGACAGUGGUGAGGUCUCUUCAUCUUCUAACAGCCGCUGUGAAUGCUGCUUUACCGGCUUCCCUGACAAUUGGUCUUCUCAAUGCUCAGAAAAGACUGAAGAAGCUGGGGAUUUUCUGUAUCAGACCCCAGAGAAUCAAUAUUGCUGGUCAACUGAACCUUGUAUGCUUUGAUAAAACAGGUACUUUGACAGAAGAUUCCUUAGACUUAUGUGGCGUUGUUCCUUCUGAUGGAAACAGCUUUCAGGAUAUACAUUUAUUCACCUCUGGAGAAACCUUACCAUGGGGCCCUGUGCUUGGAGCUAUGGCAAGCUGCCACUCUCUCAUUAUGCUGGAUGGUGAGAUACAAGGAGACCCACUGGACAUAAAGAUGUUUGAAGGAACAGGCUGGGAACUUGAAAACCAUUCAAAACAUGGAACAGAAGAAUCAGGAUCUAUUUCAAGUACAGUGGUGAAACCCGGACCCAGAGCUGGCAAGGUCCCAGUGGAAGGCAUUGCCAUCCUGCAUCAGUUUCCCUUUUCCUCUUCCCUUCAGCGCAUGUCAGUUGUUGCACAGAUUACUGGUGAGAGUGGCCUCACGGUGUUUAUGAAAGGCGCUCCUGAGAUGGUUGUUAAGUUCUGCAAACAAGAAACAGUGCCCCUCAAUCUUUCAAAGAAGCUUGAAUUUUACACGACACAAGGUUUUAGAGUCCUGGGACUUGGAUAUCGAUUAUUAGAAAAGGAAAGCCUACAAAUCAUUCAGCAUCUGGAACGUGAAACAGUGGAGAAAGAUAUAAUUUUUCUAGGUUUACUGAUACUGGAAAAUAACCUGAAACCAGAAACAAGGGGGGUGCUUCAGGAACUCACUGAAGCCAAGAUAAGGAGUGUGAUGAUCACAGGGGAUAAUCUGCAAACAGCUCUUCAUAUUGGUGUGACUUGUGGCAUGAUUCCAAAAUCCAGCAAAAUAAUCACAAUAGAAGCCAAAGAACCCCAAAAUGAUUCUCCUGCAGCGAUCACUUGGAAAACCAUGACAGAAACUCAUGAAAAUGGACACAAAGAGAGUGGUUCUCAUUUCGACAUCAGUGAUAAAUGGGAUCAUAACAGUUUUUCAACAGAAGCUUUUCACUUUGCAACAGAUGGGAAGUCCUUUCAGAUUUUAUUGCAGCAUUUCUACAACCUAGUCCCAAAGAUACUUCAGAAUGGGACCAUUUUUGCGAGAAUGACUCCACGGCAAAAAUCAGUUCUUAUUGAAGAAUUUCAAAAACUAGAUUACUGUGUUGGAAUGUGUGGGGAUGGAGCCAACGACUGUGGGGCACUUAAAAUGGCAAGUGUUGGAAUCUCUGUAUCUCAGUUAGAGGCAUCUGUUGCUUCUCCUUUCACUUCGAAAAUCCCAAAUAUUUCAUGUGUACCUUUGCUUAUCAAGGAAGGACGAAAUUCUCUUGUCACUUCUUUCUUUAUGUUUAAAUUCCUAACAAUGAUUACUGUGGUGGAACUGACUUCUUUAGGAAUUCUGUUUUGGAAACAAAAGAUUAUUGGUGAAUGGCAUUACCUGCUGCAGGAUAUAGCUCUCACCCUUCCUAUUACUUUUAUAGGAAGUUUAAAUGGCCCUGCCCCAAAAUUAGCCCCAUACAGGCCUUCUGGGCAUAUUAUGUCUCCUCCUUUGUUACUUUCUGUUUCUUUGCACUUCCUUUUUACCAUCAUCCUUCAGGUUACUGCGUUUGUUCUUCUUCAGCAACAGCCAUGGUAUAAUGAAAGUGAUGUUGUCAGUGCAUGUCUUCCAUUAAAUCAGAACUCAGGAAAUGUCACCAUGAGAGAGCCAAGCAUGUCAGUGAAUUAUCUCACAACUAUGGAGUGGAUUGUUACUUCAAUGAACAUCAUUACACUAGAAUUUGUCUUAUGCAAAGGACAACCAUUCAGAAAAAGCAUUUAUACUAACUACUUACUUGUCCUACUACUAACCAUCCAUGUGGCAGUCUAUAUAUUUUUACUGUUUGCCGAUAUUGAAUCAAUUUACUUAUUAUUUGAGGCUGUUUGCACUCCCUAUUACUGGCGAGUUUAUAUUUUUGUUAUGCUCUUAGUACACUUUGUUAUAUCCUAUGCUGUGGAGGAAGGAAUCCUUGAAAACAAAAAACUCUGGAUACUGAUUAAAAGACUAUGCAAAUAUGAAUCAAAAAGCCAGUACAAGAGAUUGCAGAGCAGCUUAGAGCUGGACACAGAAUGGCCUCCCGACAAUAGAACGGAUUACGCCAGCAAGUCUGUUUCUGUCAUGGACAGCGAAACCAUUGUUCUCAUGGAUGCAACUUGCCAGCCAGUUACUCAGGGAGGCAAUGAAACACAAUGUUAACACAAUGUAAUUUAAUACAAAAUAAGAAGUGUAUCCAUUUCAGCUGUUUAUUGCUCAUCUGUGAUGGUGUGGUGGUUGAAUAAAGUAGUCAUGUACACAAACAUA